ACCUAUUGAAUUUGAAGUGUAUUGUAGUAGUGCACAAAAGAAAGAUAAAAAAAAAAAAAGAAAAAAAGCAGAGUCCCUCUUCGAAGCUUAUCUCAGCAGCAGAGUAACACCAAUGGGGGAGGAAGAGAAGAAAACAGAGGAACCGAAGAAGAAAGAAGAAACCAAGCCAGAGGAAACAAAAGAUGAAGCUGCUGUUCCUGCGCCACCUCCGGCAGAGAUUUUGCUGAAAGUUUUCAUGCAUUGUGAAAGCUGUGCUCGGAAAGUUCGUCGGUCGUUGAAAGAUUUUCCAGGUGUUGAAGAAGUGAUAACUGAUUGCAAGUCUCAUACGGUGGUUGUGAAAGGAGAGAAAGCGGAGCCAUUGAAGGUUUUGGAAAGGGUUCAGAAGAAGAGUCAUAGAAAGGUUGAGCUUCUUUCUCCGAUCCCAAUUGCUCCUGAGGAGGAAAAACCUGCUGAGGAAGAGAAGGCUGCACCUGAAGAGGAGAAGAAAGAUGAGCCUCAGAUUGUGAUUACUGUCCUUAAAGUUCACAUGCAUUGUGAAGCUUGUGCAGAGGAAAUCAAAAAACGGAUACUUAAAAUGAAUGGAGUGGAAUUGGUGGAAACUGAUCUGAAGAACUCCGAGGUAAGUGUGAAGGGGGUGUAUGAUCCAGCAAUGUUGGUUGAAUAUGUGUACAAGAGAAUUGGGAAGCAUGCAGUGAUCAUGAAGGAAGAGAAAGUGGAUGUGGAAGCCAAAGCUGAGGAAGAGAAGAAAGAGGAGAAAGUUGAAGAAGUGGCAAAGAAGAAAGAAGAAGGAGAGGGUGAGGCCAAGCCACAAGAAGAGGAGAAAGAAGCAGAAGAAACAAAUGUGGAAGAGGAGAUGAAGAAAUAUCAAUACUACUAUAAUCCAUCCAUGAAUUUGUAUGCAUACCCAGAAAUUGGAUAUCCUGCAUACCCAGCUGCUUACUAUCAAGCAUACCCUCCACCACCGCCGCCGGCGCCACAAAUGUUCAGUGAUGAGAACCCAAAUGCUUGCAGCGUCAUGUGAAAUUGCAAAUUUGAGAAACAUCAAAGGUUGUACUGGAAAUCUGGAAAA